UCCACCUGUCGCCUCCGCCACCAGCCCCACACCCCGCAUAUAACACAUGUCCACCUCCAUGACCGUCUCCGUCUCCGCCGCCGCAUCUUCCUCCCUGCCUCCCCUCUUCCCCCGCCGCCGCUCGCCGCCGGCGUCCCUCGUCCCGGUCCGGAGCCUCCGGUCCCGCCCCCGCCCCCGCCCCCGCCUCCUCUCCUCCGCGCGCACGACCCCCGUCCUCCUCCCCGCCGCCGCGAUGGCCGCCCCGGCCCCCGCCGCCUCCUCGAAGAGGGACCUGCUCAUCUUCGACGCCGAGGAGAACCUCGCGGUGGCCCUGGCCAAGUACACGGCGGAUAUUUCCGCCAAGUUCGCCGCCGAGAGGGGCGCCGUCACCGUCGUGCUCUCCGGCGGAUCCCUCAUCUACGCCCUCAGGAAGCUGACGGAGGCGCCGUACCUGGAGACGGUUGACUGGAGCAAGUGGCAUGUGUUCUGGGUAGACGAGAGGGUCGUGCCCAAGGACCAUGAGGAUAGCAACUACAAGCUCGCCCUCGAUGGGUUCCUCUCCAAGGUACCAAUUCCUGCUGGUCAAGUGUAUGCUAUCAAUGAUGCCUUAUCUGCUGAAGGAGCGGCAGAGGACUAUGAAACUAUCUUGAAGCAACUUGUUAAGAAUGGCGUCCUUGCAAUGUCAAAGACAACUGGGUUUCCCAGGUUUGAUCUCCAGCUUCUUGGCAUGGGCCCUGACGGUCACAUCGCCUCUCUCUUCCCAGGCCAUCCUCUUGUUAAAGAGAACAAGAAGUGGGUCACCCACAUCUUGGACUCUCCAAAGCCGCCACCACAGAGGAUCACAUUCACGUUUCCGGUGAUCAACUCCUCCGCAUAUGUCGCCAUGGUGGUAACUGGGGCUGGGAAAGCCGGUGCAGUGCAGAAGGCGAUUUCUGACAAGAAGACUUCUGAUUUGCUCCCUGUUGAAAUGGCUAUACUUGAUGAUGGAGAAUUCACCUGGUUCACCGACAAGGAGGCGGUGUCGAUGCUGCAGAACUAGUGAGUCCCAUGGCGAUCCAAGGUUUAAGCUCGAUCUUAAAAUAAAAGUGAAUCCGACGGUUGCAUUCCUCCCUGGUGGGUUACCUGUAAGGUGAACUUGAGCUUUAUGUAGUACUCCCUCUGUUCCAUAUUAGUUGUCGCUCAAACAGAUGUACCUAGCACUGAAAUACGUCUAAAUACAUCCGUUUUAGCGACAACUAGUAAUAUGGAACGGAGGAAGUAUAUUAUUUCAGAGUAAUGUGUUUCAGACACUCCCUCAACUUCCAGCAUUUAGUAAAUAACAUUUGCUGAGGCAUUGCCCAACGGGUGCUCAGAUUAUUUA